GUCUGUGGCACUGUCACGGGGCUGGUAGGCAGCUCCGGCGUCCACGCUGUCAAUUGGCUGCUCUUCCUUUCGACUUCGGGUGCUUCCGGCGUCUUUGCACUCCGCGGCUGCAAAACAUGCACGUACACACGCACGCGUAGUCUCCAUAAAUAUGUGACAGGAGUGUGCACGGUACACCUGUAGCCAAAGUCUCCGCUUCUGUGAGCAGCCUCUUAUCGGAAUGUUUGAAGAUUAACGAGGUUAUCGGCGGACGUGCACAUUACUACCAGCGGUGGUGUCGUGUCUCCAGCGGAGACAGGCGGCCGGGCUGUGAGGCGACUCGACCGGACUGGGAGCAACGAAGCUACCGCGUAGCUGCACCGCGCGACGGUAGAGGACGCAGCCAUGACCGAGAAGCGGAUGUCGCGGUGGUAUUUCGGAGGGCUGGCGUCCUGCGGAGCCGCCUGCUGCACGCAUCCUCUGGACCUCCUCAAGGUGCAUCUACAAACACAGCAGGAGGUGAAGAAGAGAAUGUUCGGCAUGGCUGUUCAUGUGGUGAAGAACAAUGGUGUCCUUGCUCUUUACAAUGGCCUCUCUGCUUCCCUUUGCAGACAGAUGUCCUAUUCGCUGACCAGAUUUGCCAUCUAUGAGACUGUAAGGGACAUGAUGGGCAGCACAAGUCAGGGACCCAUGCCCUUCUACCAAAAGGUCUUGCUAGGAGCCUUUGGAGGUUUUACUGGCGGGUUUGUUGGCACGCCAGCAGACCUGGUGAAUGUCAGGAUGCAAAAUGACAUGAAACUACCUGCAGAACAAAGGAGAAACUACAAACAUGCCAUUGAUGGGCUCUUCCGAGUCUUCAGAGAAGAGGGUGUGAGAAGGCUAUUCUCAGGAGCCACCAUGGCCUCCAGCAGAGGAGCCUUGGUCACCGUGGGACAGCUGGCGUGUUAUGACCAGGCCAAGCAGCUAGUGCUGGGAACAGGGAUGAUGGGAGAUAACAUGUUCACACACUUUCUCUCCAGCUUCAUUGCUGGAGGCUGUGCGACGUUCCUUUGUCAACCACUGGAUGUCCUAAAGACCAGACUCAUGAACUCAAAGGGAGAGUACUCUGGGGUACGACAUUGCUUACAAGAAACUGCAAAGUUGGGUCCCCUGGCAUUCUAUAAGGGCCUCGUGCCAGCAGGGAUCCGCUUGAUUCCUCACACCGUGCUCACGUUCAUCUUCCUCGAGCAGCUCAAAAAAUACUUUGGGAUUCGCAUUGUCUCCUGAGCACAGCGUUGUGACCUGUCAUUCUUCAUUGGCUCUGCUCUGAUCAUCUCAUGUGAAGAAGGAGGCAAGAGAGGAAGCCAUGUGCUGCUGAGGGAUCGGGCAUCUUGUUCUACCUCUGUCUCAUGGCGUGAAGCUGGAUGGUUUUUAACAUGAACAGUUGCCACAUUUUACUAGGGAUAAAUACUGGAAAAAAACUAUUUUGGAGUAGCCAAAUUUGAAGUAAAAGUUAAAGAUUGGCAGGUUUAUCGAAAUGGCCCGUUACCUUUUGAGAAAAGAUAUGUGUCUCUAUGAUUUCAGGUAUGGUGAGACAUGAGGUUUUCAUGCGAUUAUUUCAAGUAAUGUCUAUUCCAUUUUAUUGAAAAUGACUGACUUUAUAUUGACUUAAACUAAUUCCAAAGACCAUCAUUUACAUUUAGACGAGUUAUGUUGAUUGUUAGUGAGCUGUAGGCAGGUGAGAAAAAAGAUAAUAGUCAAUUGCUGUUUUAAUAUUGUGUGCCAGGAAGACAAAACAAAAGUGCCAUAUUCGGCCAACAUGGUGUGGGCAUCGCAUAAUACAUAGUAAACGUAUACAGCUAACCUAAAUACAAUGGAAUGUAGGUCGGACUCUAACCAAAACGGACACUAACCGAAACAAUUUUUCCCAUAAGAAAUAAUUAUAUCCGUUCCAGGAAGCCAAAAAAUGUUAACACAAAACAUGUUUUGCAAUUUUCCAUUUAUACUUUCACUUACAGAAAGCAAUUCAAAAUGCUUACAAAUGAUGAUCGUAAGGGAUAAAUGAACAUUUGGUUACUUUAACCUUCACUGAAGACGUGAUUCUUGACGUGAGGGUGCGUGACAUGUGAUGUGGCAGCGAGACACCACCUUCCAGUUUUAUUUUUUUUAAUUCAAUAGUGUUUCUCACCUCAAUACUGGGAGCCAAAGAAAGUUGCAAGUGCCAGCAUUAUGAUAAAGAAGGUGAGAAGCACUGUUGAUUUCAAGAAACGACCCAUGACAAACAAGGAAGAAGGUGUUUGUGCGGUGUCUCACUGCCUCAUUGUGUCUUCAAUGAAAGCAAAAGCAACCUUAAAUGUUCAUUUAUCCCUUUCGAAGAUCGUUUAUAUGCAUUUAGAAUUAUUUUAUGCACGUAAAACUAUAAUCGUAAAACUAUAAAAAUGUGUUUUGUGUAAACAUUUUUGAGUCACCGGCUGAUGACAUCACGGGCGAGAUCCUGGUUGCCAUUUUAUUAGUAAGCUAUGCUAACAAGGAUGUUUGUGACAAAACAGUUGGACUCAAACGGUUUAUUUAUAACACAACAAGACGUGUGCCAUAUUGUAUGCUAACCAAAAAAUUUACACAUACGAGGCAACAUUUUGGAAUUUUCGACGUUAACCGAAAAACACGCUAACCGGGGUGGACGCUAAGCAAGGUUCCACUGUAUCACUAAUCUGUUAUGUCACCGAUUAUUAUUCAUUCCCACUAGUACUGACCAAAUGUGGUACAAGCCUAUAUUACACUUGUUAACGUUCUUAUCACCUCAUAAUUAUUUUAGAACGGAAAUUCAAGUAGUAUGUCCUUCAUCCAGGUCCUUGUAUUCUUCGGGUAUUGAAUCGAUCGCAACUGGACUGUUCAGGUUGUCUUAGAAGACGUUUGCCUCUCAUCCAUCAGUUCAUACUCGUGUCUAGAUAGGACAGCUCUAGUCUAGACCAGACAUGCUCGUGACUAGAUAGGACCGCUCUAGUAUAGUUCAGACAUGCUCAUAGGGCAACUGUGGUCUGGACUAACAGACUACAGCUGUCCUAUCUAGUCACGAGCAUGAACGAUGAAGCCGGCUCGGAUGAGAGGUGAAACGUCUUCUGAGACAACCUUAACAGUCCAGUUGCGAUCGAUGAAAUAUCAGGUAGUAGUUUGUUCAAAUUUCUUAGCGUUCAGAUUUCUCAUUCCAGUCACCUGGUAUUAAUUCAUUGUAAUCUUUUUGAGGAGUGGACCAAGUUGUCUCAACAUCAGCUGACAUAAUAACGGUACACCUAACAGAGGCUUGAACUUCUUUAGAAGUGUGUUUAUGACUAGAGGAGAUUGUUGAAGAACCCAUUAAGAGAAAAGCUGUGCAUGUAGUGUGUUUUGUCUAGCAGAACAUGUCACAUUUAACGACUCAGGAUUCUCCGAUGCUUGAAGAUGGCACUUUAUGAAAACCUUGAACUCACACCGACUAAAAUGCUCUACAUUCAAUUCAAACACUUCAAACAUGUUUUGAAGUGAAAAUGUUCCCAGUUACAACGUAGAGCCACUUCGUGCGUUUGCGUGCGUGUAUGUGCCAUCAAUCAUCAACUGUAAUGGACAUGUCCACAUUUGUCCGAGAUCCCAAGAUGAGAAUCCUUGUCAUGUUGCCUUACUUUAUGUGUCCUCCAGAGGGCAGUACAGAUGUGUCUUUGGAUUAAAACCCAUCAAGCUCAAGGCUCCUCUCAUGGGUGACCUCACGGCCUUGCACCUUAGGCCUAGGAUAGAUUUGGAAACAAACCCACCAGCUCCACUUGUGAUGCAUGUCCUUGAUAAUGUGACCUGUUGAUCAGCCUUACUAAUCCAAUGGUAUGAACACACACCUGCUGCUAUGUGUGAAGUUUAUAUGCAUUUUACUGACCACGAAUUAAUGACAAUUUUUAAUUAAAAUACUAAUUGAAAUAUGUGUGUGGUUUGUUGGUGUGUGUGAAUUCACAAGUUGGGUUUUAGACGUUUGGUGGUAUUUAUGCAGUAAGUGAAAAACUACUGAUCUUGCGAAUGAGCUGCUGAGCCAUGCAAACGGCCUUUGAGCAUCAUAAUGCAAUGAUGCACAGCGGCACCCUCAGGGAUUUGUCCUCAUUCGAUGAAAGAUCAGACACAGGACCAUAUAUGUUUAAUAUUCAGCUCUGUACAUUUGAGUGGUUGCAGUAUGAUCUGCUCCUGUGAUUAGGUGAACAUAUUUAUCACAUGUAAAGUGUUAAUGAGGCUGACCUCACAUAUAAGUAGGGAGUCAUUAGCCUUCUGCAAGCCACGGCACUCAGGAGAGGAAGGAAGAAAUAAGGUUAUUCAUCAUGUCUUUUCUCAUUCUUUUACCUCCAAAACAUCUCUUUUUUUCAAAGUCCGUUUCAAUUUCCUGAUGGGACAUUUUUGAGCUAUGACUAUGAAGAAACCAUCAUCUUCUGUGUAACAGUUGUUUUCUCCUGACAUCCCUUACAGAAAACUUAUAUUUGAAUAAAAGUGCUGCCUGUCGUGAAUGUUCUGCAAUGUGUAGUUGAAUUACCACAUUCUGUAUUGAAGUCAUCAAGGUAGGUGACUUACAAGACAUCCAAUCGCAAGGACAUUGU